UCGCCUUUUAUCGCCCAGCCAUAUCAUAUCCCCCCUUUCCUUUUCCCUUCCCAAAUCGUCGAAACCCUAGCUCGCUCUCGCCGCCGAUCUCCCCCACCUCGCCGUCGCCAUGGGCAAGAAGCGGAAGCUCGAGUCCAAAUCCACUGCCGCUGCCAAGGCCGCCGCCGCUAAGGCCACGGCUGCUGCUGCUAAGAUCGCCGAGCCGGCGGCUCCCACCCCUCAGCCCGAAACCCUAGCCGAAUUCUACGCCCCGUCCUCCCAAACCGUGGCCCAGAAAACCGGAUCCGCCGCUGCGGCCACGGAGGAGAAGCCGCCCCAGGAGCUGGGCGGCGAGGAGGACGAGUGGGAGGAGGUGGAGGUGGAAGAGGAGGUGGACGAGGAGGAGCAGCAGCAGCAGGCGGAGGAGUUGGAGGACGAGGGCGAGAGCGACCCCGCCUCGAUCCAGGCGCUGCUGGAGGCGUUCCCCAAGGAGCAGCUCGUCGAGCUUCUCCGCGACGCCGCCGUCGGCCACGGCGACGUGCUCGCGGCCGUGCGCGCCGCGGCCGACGCGGAUCCGGCCCAGCGGAAGAUCUUCGUCCACGGCCUCGGCUGGGACACCACCGUCGACACCCUCAAGGAGGCGUUCGGCCCCUACGGAGAGAUCGAGGACCUCAAGCUCGUCUCCGACCGUAACACGGGCAAGUGCAAGGGCUACGGCUUCAUCCUCUUCCGCCGCCGUGCCGGCGCCCGCGCAGCCCUGCUCGAGCCGCAGAAGAAGAUCGGCAACCGCACCACCUCCUGCCAGCUCGCCUCUGUGGGCCCCGUCCCGUCUGGCGGUGCGGCCAACAACCCUAUGCUCGCCACAUCUCCAGCUCCAGCUCCGCCAGCGUUGGUACUGCCACCAGUGUCUGAGUACACGCAGCGCAAGAUCUUUGUCAGCAAUGUUGGUGCUGAAAUCGACCCACAGAAACUGAUGCAGUUCUUUGCAAAGUAUGGUGAGAUUGAGGAGGGUCCACUUGGGCUUGACAAGGCAACCGGGAAGCCCAAGGGGUUCGCUCUGUUUGUCUACAAGACCCUUGAUGGUGCCAAGAAGGCGCUGCAGGAGCCACAUAAGUCGUUUGAGGGUGUUAUGCUGCACUGCCAGAAGGCAAUCGAUGGACCAAAACCUAACAAAGGUGGAGGAUAUGGUGCUGCCAGUACGAGUGGGAGGAAGGGUGCUGCUGGUUAUGGUGCCAGUAGCCAUUCUAUGGCUGGUAGCCUCGGUGCCGGUUAUGGGAUGUCAUCUCCAGCGAGCUUGGCUUCACUGCCUGGGGGUGUACCAGGAGGUCAAGGAAUGAAUCCCGUAUUGGGGCAGGCCUUGACAGCUUUCCUGGCCAACCAAGGGGGAGGGUUGGGUCUGAACAAUAUCCUUGGAGUUGGUCCAAAUGCUUCAGGAGUGCCAAAUUCAGGGUCUUCUGGAACUCUUGGUGGCGGCGGUGUGCCUGGUAUGCCAGGUGGCUAUAUGGGCGGCUAUGGAGGUGGUGGUGGGUAUGGUGGUCCACCGGGAGGCCCAGGAAGAAAUUACAUGGGUCAUUAGGAUGCUUAUAACUAUUUUACUGUGGCCAGAUGAUUCUACGUGUUCCUGCGUCGCACUUAUAAACAUGCUGUUUUAGGCUGCUUCUGGCAACUCAAUUACUCUAGCGUCAAAGUUUUUAAAGGAACUUUGAUUUCUUCAAUCAUAUGUUUUCAAAAUUGAACAAAGCUUUGUACAACUAUCUAAAUUUUCAAAGUUUGUGACCUUAUUGUAAAAGACUUCCUGUGGAUUUAGAGCACCGUGGAAUUUUUUACUACAUUUCUA